AUGGUCGACUCAGGUCCUUUGGCAAAAGCUGCUUCCCAAGCUGUCUCUUCGGCACGAGUACGCUCGAGACCACUUAGCCCGUAUUAUAUCCAAGCAUUACUUCUGUACGCUAUCGCAGUGUACUGGUGUAGUGAGCCAGAAAGAGGACGAGACCUGCUGAACGAGGUCAUCUGUAAGGCGCUUACGUUGGGAAUGCAGAAGAUGGAUUUCGCAUCACAAUAUGGCCAAGGUGAUCCGGUUCUACAAGAAAGCUGGAGGCGCACGUGGUGGAUGAUUUACGUUACCGAUGCACAUAUCGCGGGGAGUACUCACUCCUUUCCUACACAAAGCGGAGCUGUGGAGAUGACAGUUGGACUGCCCUGUGAGGAGCACAAGUAUGAGUCUGGUGAUAUUCCCCCGCCAGCAACGUUGCGUAGUUAUGACAUUCGUGAAUUCUCUGACGUAGAGUUCUCGUCAUUCGCUGAGCUGAUUGGCUUCACCCGAGGCAUCAAUCAAGCACUAGCGACGCAGCGAAUGGGCGGCAUUGAAAAUGCGAAAAUGAUGGCGGAGACAGCGGAUAAUACAAUGAUGGCAUGGUGCUCUCUUCUACCUGUCUCAAAGCGAAGAAUUCUUCGAGAUGAUGGGAGCGUAGAUGAACAUCUGUUCAAGGCCAACAUGCUGAUGCAUGCUUACAUUGUUGAUCUGCACCGUCAGCUAUCCACACUCAAGUACUUUCCAAUAGAAUCAGUCUCAAGGUGCGUGCCGCCUCCACCCCCAGAUUCAAACGAGGCCAUUGAAGACGAAGCCCACAUCCACACCGCCAAGGUUCUGCUCUCUAUCGACAAGCUCAGCAGUCUUCUUACGCUUCCAACACGCUUCAGCGAGCAUACCCCCUUCAUCAUAUGUAUGAUCACGUUGAUGACCAUUGCGCAUCUUUCCGCCUGUCGUUACAUCUUCAAAGAGCCGAGGCUAUCAUUGGAGCGUGAGAAGAUUCGGCUCAAGAUGGGCGUGUUAAAGAUGCUAGGUGAAUUCUGGCCUUCAGGGAAGAGGGAGUACCACGACAUGGGUAUUAUUGCUCGGGAGAUGCUGGCGUUAAAAGACGAGGAGGUAGAGAUACCCAGUAUGACUGGACUGGUGCCACUAGAUGCUCUGGCAUUCAAUUUCGACUUCGAUAUCGACUGGGCUUGCGAACCCUUUACCUACCUGCUCUACCGUCAAGCGACUGCAUAG